GUUUAGAGAUUCCGCUCUGGCGACAGUCCAGUCAGCUGUGCUUAUUCCGCCGCUUUCCUUUCCAGUUUAUUUUAAAGUUGUUGUUCUCAUUUCACAAGCCUUGAUAUUGAAACGACGCAUGCAAUUGAACGAUGGCUAAAGUUCAAAUUGUGAACGUGGAGGUAUUAGAUAAUCCAUCGUUGUUUUUCAAUCCUUUCCAAUUUCAAAUAACUUUCGAUUGCAUUGAAAAUCUUUCUGAUGAUUUGGAGUGGAAAAUCAUAUAUGUGGGAUCUGCUGAAAGUGAACAACAUGACCAAGAGUUGGAUUCUGUGCUAGUUGGUCCAGUCCCUAGCGGACGGCAUAAGUUUGUUUUCCAGGCCGAUCCUCCAAAAACUGAAUUGAUACCAGUGCAGGAUGCUGUGGGUGUGACGGUUGUAAUAAUAACUUGUACUUAUCACAGUAAGGAAUUUAUUCGAGUUGGUUACUAUGUAAACAAUGAAUAUGAUGACUUGGAGCUCCGAGAAAAUCCCCCUGAGAGCCCAGACUUUAGCAAGCUCACAAGGAAUAUACUAGACAGCAAGCCCAGAGUAACAAGAUUUAAAAUAAACUGGGACAAUAAUGAUGAAGAACUUGUCGCUGAUGAGAAUAUUCCUCCAGAUACAGACUUCGCUAACAGUUUAAAUCACGAUAAUUCAUCUGCAUUAUCGAGCUGCAAUUCCAAAGCACCAUUCGGACAGAUAUCAGGCAAUGUGGCUGGCGAAGUUACGAGUAAUGACAAAUUUUGUAAUCCCCCGUAUGAAAAUAGUACGGACUCCAUGGACAUGCGGAUGUUUGUAGAAUGAAUCAAGUAUAUUGCACAUUAUUCCUUUCAAUCGGGAGGUCGCUGCAUGAAGAAUCUAGAUGGAGGAUCAUUUUGCGACCGCAUGGACAAGAAUGUGAUGAAUGUAGUCAAACUCGUAUGUCCUGUCAAUUUCUAUGUCCGUUAUCCGCAAGCCCGACACACCCUGUAUAAUAAUUAGUUUUUGAUAUAUUAACGAUUUUCUAUUUUUCUUUUGAAAGCACAAGAUACUGUUGUAAUAAAGUUACCAUUCAUUA